GAGGAUAAGUACAAAAGAGUGUUGGUGUCUGAAGUUCAGCAUGGAAGACGUGAGAUGUUGCCUUAUGGGCCAAAGAAGAAGCCUAAUCACAGUGCAUAUCCUUCAGGAGCGGAAAGUACACUACCAGCCUGGGUAGCUUUUGAUAAACACGUAUUAGCUUUUGAUGCAUAUGAAGAAGCUGAAAUGGAUGAUAAAAGGCAAGAAGAAUAUAGAAUAAGACGCUAUAAAAUCUACUUCUACCCUGAAGAUGACACAAUUGAAGUAAUUGAACCAUUUGUAGAAAAUAGCGGACUGCCUCAAGGGACUUUUAUCCGGCGUCACCGGAUUCCUCUCCCACCUCCUAAUGUUGAAAAGUUUUAUACUGUAUUUGAUUUCAAUAUCAACAUAGAUGUUGUCUUUUAUGCCCGGACUUUCAAGAUUUAUGACUGUAAUCCAUUCACAAAAAACUUCUUGAGGAAAAUAGGAGUCAAAUUAAACCCCCCGGGAAAGUGUCCAGAUGAUCCGUACACAAAGAUGCGGAGAGAGAUACUAGACUUCGUGCAGCCUUUACGUUCCUAUGAAUACUUCGACACCCUGAAAGACUUCCUUAAUUAUGAGGGGAAGGUUUUGCGCUUCUACUGCAUGUGGGAUGACUCCGGCUCAGUUUUUGGGGACUAUAGACAACUCAUCUUGCAUUACUUCUUGUAUGAUGGUACUAUUGAAAUCAAAGAAUUGCUGCCCCAUAACUCAGGCCGGGAUCCUAUGCCAUUUUUCCUCGAGAGGGGAAAGCUGCCCAAGUAUGCCCCAACUGGAGCCCAUCAACCAGGAGACGUAACAGAUAAAAUAGUUCUCAAUGUGUAUAAUGGCUAUAAAGUAAGCCGAGUGCAUGGCUACCUGUUUGAUAAAUACAAGGAGGCAAAAUUAGAACAAGAGUUUUACAAAGAAACUGACCUGAAAAUAGGAGCCACCAUCAAUGUGUGGGGAAGAAAAGUGCUCCUUUGUGACUGUGAUGAAUUUACGAAGGCUUAUUAUAGGACUAAAUAUGGAAUUCAGGACUUUAACUCAAUUCCAUGCAAGCCUCCAUCUCCUCCAAAAAUAGAAAGGAAAUUUCCACCUUACACCGGUUUUGGUUCUGAGGAGGAUUCUCUCCGCUCCUGCCUACGCCUCGUGCCUGUAGUUCGUCCUAAUGUGCAGGCCUUCAAGAAGUGCAUAGAAAAAGACAGCUUUGACAAUGAAAGCAAUACACUCCGGUUCUUUGCAAAAAUGACUAAGCACAAAAGUGCCACUGCGGAUAGGCUGUUUGUUAUUUCAUAUUUUCUUGGCAAUAACACAAUAUCAGUGUUUGAACCCGUAGAGAAGAAUUCAGGGUAUACUGGUGGAUUGUUCUUGAAAAGAAUACGCGUUAAGAGGCCUGGACAAGAAGUUUUUAAAAGUGAACUAUCAGAAUAUAUCCAGCCCGAGGAGCUGUAUAUCGGAUCCACAAUAAACGUGAAUGGCUACCUGUUUACGUUGCUCAAUGCUGAUGAGUACACCUUAAGAUUCAUGGAGGAGAAUCCAGAUAAGUUUCCUUAUAGCAACCUUGAAUGUGCCCUACAAAAGCUGAAAGCUGAAAAAUCAAAAGCCAGAGAGAUCAAGCAGAUAUUUAGGGCUAUUGAUUGUGACUUCACAAAGAUGAUGGAUUAUAAUACAUUCAGAAACAUACUGAUGAAUAUAACUGUUGGGAGACUUGGAGAGCAAGAAUUUAUAACCAUUGUACGUCACUAUGGAGUGCCUGAAAAACCGUGUCCCAGAGGGCCUAACCUAGUUUCAAUGGCUCAUGACGAGUUCAGGAAAAUUUUUUUUGAGGAUUUUGACAAACUCAUUAAUUAUUGUCAAUACGUAGAUCAAGAAAAAAAAACGAAAUUGCCCAGCAAAUUCAUCGAAACGCUGUGCAAGUCCGCCAGGUUGCCUUUGAGUAAUGAACUUAUACACUCCUUAGUGUCCAAGUUUGAAGACAGUGAAGAACAAGUCGAUUAUAAGACAUUUUUCAAUGCCCUGAACUGGAGAACAAAUCCGGCGCCCAAAUUAAUCCAAGAAUUACCCUUGAAAGAGAAAUGUGAAGAUGAGUGGCUUGGGAUGCCAUCACCUAUUCCUUUCAAAUACGUUGACUAUUUUCAAUUUUUAGAAGACGUGUAUGGCUUAAGGAUCGAUUAACCAUGCCAAGUUUGCUCAACUCCAUUUGAUUCCUUGCUGUAAUUUUGCCAACUUUGUUUCAGUGGGUAUAAAUUCAUUAAAAACAAAAAAGAAAAAAGGAUCAUAUUGAAUUGAAAUCUGCAGACUAUAAUUAAUUUCUUUCUGUCAUUUUAGUUUUUCAGAACAUCAUAUUAUAUACUGAUA